AUGUCAAUCGAAAUCGUCCCGCUGGCUCAGACCGACAUACCUGGGGCUGUAGACUGCGUGCAGAAAGCGUUUGCCAACGAUCCAUAUUUUCGCUGGGCGUUUAAUGAUCCAUCCAAGUUUAAUAUCCAACGAAACGCAGCCUCCCUCGCUGCUCAUUUCCAAUAUGGUAUCAACUGCGACUGCCCCAUCUCUGUCGCCAAGAUAACUCGCGCCGCAAACGAAAGCAAGAGGAAUGACGAUAUCCGCCUACCAGCCGGUACUGUGGUAGGCGUUGCCUGGUGGUACUCACCACAAGCGCAUUCCACGACACAAAGCUGGUCUGUUUGGGCGCAGGACUGGCUUCUCUCCUUCCGUCAGCUCAUGAACAAUAUCCGCUUCCUUGGUCGUGGUGGCUUGAAUGUACGCCGGUAUUGGAUCUGGAAGCAAGUGCAGCAAACUGCACAUGAUGCUAUCUGGCAGGAUCCCCGCGGGUACUAUUUUUGCAAUGUCGUCUGCGUUGACUCAAAGGCGCGUGGCAUGGGAGUGGGAAAGAAGCUCAUGGAGAAUGUCAUGGACAAGGCUGAUCGAGAGAAUAUGCCGUGCUACCUCGAAAGCUCUAAGGGGUAUCCCAACGUGGGUAUUUAUGAAAAAAUGGGCUUUGAAUUGGUCAAGGAGAUUGAAUGCGUGGAUGGAGGGGAUGUUUGCAAGUUAUAUUGCAUGAUUCGCAACCCCAAGUCUAAGGAAUAA